UUGAAGUAAUAAUCACCAUAUUGAUCAUUUUACAGACGCGGUAGUUCUUCUGUCUCAGCGUCUCGGUCUGAUUGUAUUUCCAUGAAGAAAUGAUCAUAAAUGUUCUUCCUUGAGCUGCGGCACCCCGCUGUAGUCUGUAAUGGACUGGCCUGAGGUCUCUCUACAAACAAGCGUCUGCUGGAAGAGAGUAGGUGAGUUGUGUUUAGUCUCUUUGUUAAAGAAAUGAGUCAAAGUUAAAAAGAUGUUUGGUGUCUAGUACUAUGUCUGUGACCCUAUAUGUCCUGUUGAUGAAGUUAGGUGCUGUUCUGAGCAUUAUUUGUGGCUAUAGAGUGGCGUUUUGGUUGGGGGCGUGUCUCUCUGUAUUUCUAUCCUGUGGUCGUUACUAAAGUUGGUAUAACUAGAGAAGGAAGCGGUCGACAACAUUCAUCUCUGGAGGGGGCGGGGUCUAACUCGGGGUUACGGUGGGUUUGACCCUACAUUAGUUUUAAGACAGAAUAUCCCUUUAAUGGAGUAAAAGGAACUCAAGGUGAGCCGUGUCUCAUCGGGCGGCGUCGGCUCAAAACAGCGACUGAUGGCGUCAUUUUCACAUCAUGAAAACAAUCCUUUAACGGUCGAGACGAAGGGGGAGGAGUUUCUGCUUUAAUGUCAACAUGAAUCUUCGAUGAGGUCAUCAAUUAUCAUCAGCACCAUGGAUAUUGAUCAGCGGGUCUAAUCAGACUGACGUCAGGGCAUUGAUAACCCUGAUCCUCCAAAACCACGCCGUGAUGACGAGGGAAACCCAAAGGUCGACACGUAAAACAGUCAUUCACCGUGACUCAGAGAAGGGCGGCGUGGUUAGUCCUCAGAUGUAAUCCAUCACCAUGGCAACCAGAGAACCACUUAAGCAUACAUGAUAAUUAUCAAUCCAGCACAAGUACAGGAGUCCGAGUCUGUCUGAGCGGCGAGAAGAGAGGAAAACGGCGCUCGGCUGUAAUCUGAGCCGGAGCGGAGCGAUGAAUGAACCCGUUAAAGAUGGACGCAGACGGACACGUGGUCGGCUGUUAAAGACCUGACAGCUCUGAGCCAAUCACUGCAGAGAUUAUCAGGAGGCUGAAGGAUCAGGACUGACCUCCUUCUCAGAAACCUGCUCUCAGGGAGAACCCCUCAGUCCUCCUCCUCCUCCUCCGUAUGGACCUGCACCAGAUCUCCUGUUCUUUAGGAGUCGGGGUGGUGAGUUCUCCUGCUGACUCCUCCUCUUUACUCCUCAGUCUCCCAGGAGUCAGCCUGUUGGCCACUUAGCUCGUGACCCUGCUCCUCCCGCUGACCCUGAAACACACAGUUGAGGGAUUUACCCGCUAACCUGAAGGUUCCUGCAGAGACUGAGCGGAGAAGGUCGACGCCAUCGCUGAAACGGAUCUAUAAAAAAUACUUCAUCUUCAGAUAUUACGACCGCUCUGAUCCUCUUCUGACUGAUUCUGUCCUGUCAGUUCAGACUUGAUUGUCAUCAACAGAGUCGAGGGUUUAAUGAUUCAGAGGAGCGACAAUUAUUCCUCCUCUUCAUCCUGAUCAUCUGUCUUUGAGUCUUCCUCACCCUCAGACGUCCAGAACUACAACAUCAUCCAAUCCUACAGAAGGGAAAAAACUAGGGCCUGAUCGAUUCUUAGGGGCCGACACCGAUUAUUGGGGGGGGGGGGGGUCUGAUUAUCGAUUAAUCGGACGAGUUUUUAAAUCUUUUUAUGAAGUUAUAAAAAAUAUAUAUUUAUACUGUAGAUAUCUACUGUAGGCUACUGCUCUUCACGCCGACAGGAAGACCGACUGAUCAAACUCGGACCCCCUCGCCGAGGACCUGGAUUCAGGUCUCUGUCGUCCUCAGACUCUGACGGUGAAAUAAACACUGAUGAAGACGACGUCCUGUAGAUCCGUGCACAGACGCUGUCGUGUCGUUAAUGAGCUUACUCUCCAACAGCUCAGCCGUCUCUCAGCUGACUGCACAUGCUUCACACAGACUCAUGUUGGAGACGUUCUCAUCGGCCCACCUUCAGGUUCUCCACCCGGAGCUGCAUCAUGUGCUAAAAUUAGCGUGUGCUGUGUUCUUCUCUGGGAACGUUCAUCAGCUCGAUGCAUGAAGAUAAAAACAACAGGAAGGUGAUGCAGCAGCUGUUUUACACUCGGCUGAAGAUUUCUCACCUGAUUAAUGAGAUUAUGGAGGAGCAGCUGUCGAUACGACCGCAGUUCAUUCUCCAGAACAUCUCCACUCAGACUGAAACAUAAAAACAGACCAUCCAACCCUUCCUCCACUCUGCUGUCACAUCUCCACUCACACAGUGGGCAUAUGUUCACCAGUGGAGACAGAAGGCAGACUGUCCACUCUGCAGAAGAAGAAGAAGAAAGUGGAAGAAGAGUCGGAGACGGAAUCAGAGGAACAACAGGAGCUGUGAGUGUGUGACGAUCAAUCAGAGUGAUUGAUCAUUAAAUCUAUAAUGACGAAGACGAGCUCCUAAGAUUCAGUUUCAUGGUGAGA